AUUAAGCUAUAAAUAUAUUAUAUAACUAGUAUUUAACGAUCUUGCAGAAUGAUUUUGAAUCCGAUGCAUACGUCGCGUCGUUCGCUUUAAAGUAAAUUUCAAUCCAAACGAAAUACAUCCACGAACGUGCCACCUGGCUUUUGAGGUUAUUCAGUUUUUAUAUAGUGUAUUUUUUGCUGCCAUCCCUCAACAAUAUUCAAGGGGGAUCGGUGGAAUAUCAUCUAAUGACAUAAUGGAGCAUAAAAUUCCAUCUGGUAUUCUUGACGAUCUCAGCAGUCGAUUCAUCAUCAAUGUGCCUGAGGAAGAGAGGAAAGAUUUGGUGCGAAUUUGUUUUCAAAUCGAAUUGGCACACUGGUUUUAUCUUGACUUCUACUGCACAGAGGAGUACCCUAAGCUGAGGUCAUGCAGUAUGAAGGAGUUUGCUACUCAUAUAUUUCAACAUAUACCAUUCUUGAAUCCACACGUGCAGCAUAUUGAUGCUGUGCUCGAUCAAUGGAAAGAGUACAAGCAGAAUGUGCCGACGUAUGGGGCCAUUGUGCUAAACGAGGACAUGACAAAAGUGCUUUUGGUGCAGAGCUACUGGGCAAAGAAUAGUUGGGGCUUUCCUAAAGGAAAAGUGAACGAGGACGAAGAACCGUUUCAUUGUGCCAUUCGCGAAGUGUUGGAAGAGACUGGUUUUGAUAUAUCGAAUUUGAUAGACAAAAACGAGUACAUAGAAUCCUUAAUAAACGAUCAAACAGUGAGAUUGUACAUUAUUUCGGGUGUGCAAAAGGACACGAAGUUUCAACCAAAGACGCGGAAAGAAAUAAAGAACGUCGAGUGGUUUGCUGUGACAGAUUUGCCCAAUACGAAGAAAGAUAUGACACCCAAAGUAAAAAUCGGUGUUGGGCCAAAUUCAUUUUUCAUGGUGGUACCAUUCAUCAAGCGGCUAAAGCGGUGGAUUCAAGACAAACAGCAACGUGAGAAAAACGCCAUUGCGGCUGUACGAAGACAAAGGCAUAAAUCGUUGGGAGAUGUCGAGACGGUUUCGAAGAAUAAACGGCAACAACAGCAGUCGCUUUUUCACCACUUUUCUACUUGCCCGCCCCAAAGCGAAGUUCCUGAUUUUAAGAUUGGCCGUCAAUCAAACACUUCUCCGGCUCGCAAUCGCCGUGUUGUAAAUGAUAAGAAAGAUGUGCCGAAAACAGCAUUUAAACGAAAUCUAUUCGGAGAUCAGGAAGAGAGCCAAUCACCUCAUGUUAAAAAGUUGAUGGACAGCCCUGCUCAACCGUUUUUAAUUGAUCCUGCGAUUCAAUCCAUCAAAUAUAAUGAUUUCAGUUACAAGGCGCAACCGUCGGAAAAAGAAGCAAAAGAUUCUCGCAAAAAAAGCCUGCCAGAGGGAAAUAUUAAGUCGCUGCUGUUCGGAGAAGCCGCGCGCAAAUUGCAAAAAGAUUUUAAAAUUCCGCCGCCUCCCUUCGUAAGUCUAGAACACGACAGUCCGGUUUUAACUAAUUACAUGCCUAAACCAAAUUAUCCUACCUUCGAAUUUCGCGCAAAAUGUUGGGAUAAUUUCAGUUUUGAUAUCCAGGCGAUACUAAAAGCUCUAAAGUAGCUACGUGUACGUAACAAUUCGGAAGAAUGGAUUACUAAAGUAGGAGAAGUGCAGAUUUAGAUUUGAGUUAAUCUAUUUUUUUAUCUUUGCUGGUCAGUUAUGAGCAUCCAUAACAUGUAUCUAUAUAUCUUCUAUCCUUAUUUUAUUAUUAUAAAGGCGGGUCUCACUAUCUCCAAUUAGCAUAAUCGGCUGAUUAAAUUUAAGAAUUCUCUUAAAAUCGAUCGUAUUAUUUUGUUUUUUUUAAUCCAUUUUAUAAGGAAUACAAAAUAAUACGAUCAGUUUCAAGUUUUGCAAUUUCUAAAUCUAAAUCGGCCGGUUAAGCUAAUAAAAAAUGGUGAGAUCAGCCCAUAUUAUCCAAUAUGAUUUAUCUAAUAAAUCGACAUUAGAUAAUAUCGAAUAAUUUAAGUUUGAAUUAAUUUUAUUUUAGUAAUCUCGAACUAUA